AUGUUCGGCCUCGUGAAGCAGCUUCCUACGCAGCUUACUGAGCGGGUGCCUCCACUCGCGGCCGUAUCACCGUUAGAAGUCUCCCCCUGCCCACCUCCGACGCCGUUGCCGCCAACGCCGCAGACCGCCUCUCCUAUGGACAUCGACGCCGUCACCGCCGGCACCCUCUGCAGCACUCUCCAAGAACCUACCUCCUCCACACCCUCAACAGCUCCCACUACUACCCCCGCCCUCACGUACGCCUCUGUUGCCGCCCCUCAGGUGAUUGGCUUCCCCUCUCUCACCGACCCCGUCGCUUCGUCAUCUGCAUCUCCCGCACGCAUCACGUCGCGCCGAGCCACCAUCGCCACCACUGAACCAGCUGCUUCUCCCGGUGCCUCCACUAUGCCGCAGGGAUCUGCCACCUCCCCAUCCCUCUCCCCUCCUCCCAGCCUCCAGUCCCCAAAAAAACCCCAAAAGCGCGUCCUUACCGACUCUGCUCCCGCCACUUCCCACAAAAAAUCAACACCACCUCCCCCUCCCCCUGCCGUCACCAUGGACACCACCCCUCCUCCUGCCACCCAUACCUUGGCCCCCACCCUCCACACCUUUGUCCUGUCAACUCCCGAUACUAAGUUCCUCGACGCUUCCUCCGUUGUUUAUCUCUUCCUUGUUGUGUCGCUCAUAGUCGGUCGUGGUCGGUUGCUGUCAGUUGUCGCUGGUCUGUCGUCCGACUCGUCCUGUGUUUACCCGGUGGUGCGUGCUCCACCGCCGACGGCUUCCCCGCCUGGCGGCUCCGACCCGCAGCCCAAGGCGUUCCCGCUGUUGUAUUCAGAUACGGGCAUGUUUUCAGCAAUUUCUGACAUAGGAGCCAUCGUUAGGCAUAAUAAAGCAGAACCUGAUGGCACUCAAUUGAGUCAACCUUCAGAUCAUCACAAAAUCCAGAAGAAGAAGAAGAAGAAGAAGAAGAAGAAGAAGAGGAGGAGGAGGAGUGUAGUUGUUAUUCCGCGGCUCGCGUCGUGGCUCACCGAGUCGCCUUGCGCGUCAGUUGGCGUAAAGCCAGCGCGACUUACAUCAGCAAUAGCGGCAACAUCGGGAUCAGCUGACGCACCACCGGCCACCGGGGACAUCGGCUCCAAUGGCGGAGGCGGCGUGCGACGCCAGCGACUGCAGAAACAGCAGACGCGUCAGCAACAACGGCGUCUGUAUGUGAGUAGCAACAAGCAAAGUAGCAACAGGGACGCGAAACGUCAUUCAGCCGGCGUGUGA